UUCCCAUCCCCCUAUUGCUCUUGCGUAGAGCACUAUAUAAGCAGCGCUGCAAGGAGAAAUUGUUGCGGAUUGAAGUAUCCGCCUUCUAGACUUUGUGGGCAAAAUGGCCAGCAAGUCGUCGGUGAGCACUGUUUACAAGGGCGUCAUCAGCGACGUCGUUAAGAACGUUCGAGAGAAGUUUCUGAAUGAGGGCGUCGACGAACAGGUGCUUCAAGAACUGAAACAGCUGUGGGAGUCAAAGUUGCAGCAAACUCAGGCUGUUGACGGACUGGAAGUGAAGGCUCCAAUUCAGCAGACUUUGGUCUAUCCACACAAUCAGGCGGUGCCUUCAAAGAUUCAAAUUUCAGUCCAAGGCCAAACAGUGCAAAUGCCAGUGGCAAAUGCUCAAACGCUGGCAGCUCAUUAUCCGAGUUUCAAACAAGUUGUUGCACCUGGAGGUGUUGCAGCAACAACUCUGGUCACUAAGCUGAAACCAAGUCAAUUGGAUGGAACUAGACCCGACGUUGCUUGCUCAUCAGAAGGAGAAGCAAGUACUUUCAAAUCAACUUCGAAGCGGAAAGCAAGAAUGGUAGUACAGCUGGAUGGUCCGAAGGAUGGUUCAUCGUCUUCAGAAGAUGAAGAAGAUGAGGAGGAGGAUCCAGAUGCCAAGAAGGAUGCUGCACAGGAAGAGGAAGAAGCACCUCUUGGUUCUGAAGAUGACGAAAGCGACGAAGAAGAGGAGGUGUUUGAUACGGAUAAUCUUGUGGUGUGUCAGUUUGAUCGAGUCGGUCGGGUUCGAAACAAGUGGAGAUUCAACCUGAAAGACGGCAUCAUGAAUCUGAGUGGCAAGGACUACGUCUUCCACAAAGCAACCGGCGAAGCCGAAUGGUAGAUAUCAAUAGAGUCAUCAUAGGCUAGAAGCAAUGCCAUUACCUACAGCUCUUAUGUAACACUCUCAAAACUGACGAAUAGAUUUUGUUUGGUUUGCAGUAAAUUUAAUAUUAACGAUAGGGAAUGGAAUUUAUAUCGUCAGUAAAUUUACGAUUAUUUGUAUGAUUUGGCUUCAGAUGAAUAUGUCUGUAUUGCUGGAAA